AUGCAGAAGGUUCGUCUCAAAUGGGUGAAGAACCGGGGCCUGGACCACCUGAUCGAGCGCACCACCUCCAUCCGCGCGUCCUGCCUGCUGCUCGACCACCUCUCGCGCCUCCCCGGCUCCUCCCCUGUGCCGGCGCGCUCCCUCGCGCGCCUCCAAAAGCCGCUUGGCCUCACGGUACCUGUGCUCCGCUUCCUUCGCCGCCAUCCCACGCUCUUCUCCGAGCAACCCCACCCUCGGUUCCCCACGCUACCCUCCUUCUCCCUCACGCCCGCGUCACACACCCUCCUGGCCCGCGUCGCCGAUGCCUCGGCGCACGACGCGCACCUCCGCCUCGCGCGCCUCCUCCUCCUCACCCGUUCCAGGUCGCUCCCGCUCGCCUCCGUGCUCCCGCUCCGCUUCGACCUCGGCCUGCCGUUCAACUUCGCCGCCGCGUUCCCAGCCUCCCACCCCGGUGUCUUCGCCGUCGCCAACAACCGCAUCUCCCUACGGUCCGCCUCCGGCCUCCCCGAGGAUAUCGCCGUCUCCUCCCUUCAACGCCGCCACGCCGCGGCCAUCGACUCCGCGACCUACCGCGCGCUGUCCCGGCCGCCGUCCUCGUCGAGCGCCCCGCUCGCGUUCCCGAUGCGAUUCCCGCGGGGGUACGGCGGGAUGAAGAAGGUCAAGGCCUGGAUGGAUGAGUUCCACCGCCUUCCCUACAUAUCGCCGUACGACGACGCGUCAGGGAUCGACCCUGAGAGCGACAUUUACGAGAAGAGGAACAUCGGCUUGCUACAUGAGCUGCUUGGGCUAACGGUGCACAAGAUGGUGCGGAGGAACGCCAUCCGGCUUCUUCGGGAGGAGCUGGGCCUGCCACACAGGUUCACUAGGCUGUUCACGCGGUACCCUGGGGUGUUCUACCUGUCGUUGAAGUGCAAGACAACGACUGUGGUGCUUCGUGAAGGGUACGAGAGAGGGAAGCUCGUGGAGCAGCAUCCCCUGGCUGCUGUGAGGGACAAGGUGCAUUAUGUGAUGCGCACUGGAGUGCUGUACCGCGGAAAAGGUUUGUCCAAACUUGUUCUGGAUGAGGAUGGCACUGAGGAAGAGGGUGCACUGAAUGGAGAGGAAUUUGAAGGGGAGGGAAUGGACGAGGAUGCUGAUGUCGAGUGCUUUGGAAUGGAGAUUGUGGAUGAUAAUGAUGGGCCUGCUGAUGAUGUGGAUGAUGAAGGUGAUAGUGAUGGUUGA